AUGUCCGAACCUCAGCGCCAGGAGCCUGCUGCACAGGCCACACAGCAACCCCUGAAACGUACAUUUCACGGUUGUUUGACAUGUCGCAAGAGAAAGGUCCGGUGUAAGGGAGGCGAUCCAUGCCAGAACUGCGCUCGCAUGAACAUCACCUGCCACAGCUCCUUUGACACCAACCUUCGCAUCCGGGUAUCAACACCGACAGGCGCAAAGGAUGUAGAGGCCACAUCCAGCCGGUCGUCAAGACCAACGCCUCCAGAUCAACAAGAGUCCCAGUACCAGUACCAAUACCAAUACCAACAGCAGCAACCACCCCAACACCAACAGCCCAUGCCGGCAUUCAUGACCUUUGACGGACACAGCCAGUCCUUCGUCCCCGAAGAUCCCAACCACUUUGCCGGGUAUCCCACAUCAACCGUCGUCGGCGGUCCGUCCACGUCCUAUGCUCCGGUCUCCCCAGUGACCUAUGCAAACUUCGGCACGGCUGCCAGCUCAAGUACCACCGGAGUUCCAGAUAUGACCCAGCUCCAGUAUCAGCAGUAUCCGGAUGCUGCUGCUUGGGAAUAUGACUACCCUUAUGACCCGAACGACCCCAACAACCUGGGCUAUGACUCUGAUGCCGCGAUGGAUAUGAGCAUGCAAGCUCCCCUACCCGACGACACCCAGCAUGGUCACCAGGAUGCUAGUGGGUGGUAUGGAUAUCCGGCGCAAGGAUUGAAUCAGCAACAGGGUUGGCGACAGUGA